GUCCUAGCCAGUUAUAGGACCUGCUGGGCCACAGAAAGAAAGCUCUGAGGAGACGCAGUACAUUACUAGAUAAAUCAUAUCAUCCAUUUCCCAAUGAAUUUUAUACUAUUUGUUUUUUUACCUGGGGCUUUUUCCGUAGCGAUCAGCAACAUGAAGCCCAAUAUUGAUGAGGUACCUGAUAUGCCACCUUUCAGUGAGGAAGUAGCAAAUAUGGAUACUAUUCCUGCUGUCCACGAAGAAGAGGAAAACAUGGCUGUUACUCCUGCUAUACUUAAAGAUGAAAAGAUUGAGGACACUGCACCUAACAUGCCCAAAGAUGCAGGAAUGGAUGCAGGCACUGCUCCUUCUGAAUCUGACGAAGACAAGAAUAUGGGUACUGUUUCUAAUAUACCGAAAGAAGAAAAUAAUACAGGCAUCUCUACUGAUCAACAUAAAGAGGAAGAUAAGGAUACAAACAUGGUUAUUUCUCCUGACCUACAUAAGGAUGAAGAUAAGGAUACAAACAUGGUUAUUUCUCCUGACCUACAUAAGGAUGAAGAUAAGGAUACAAACAUGGUCAUUUCUCCUGGUCAACAUGCUAAAGAUUCAAGUAUGGAAGUAACUCUUUCUCCUGAUCUACAUAAAGAUGAAGAUAAGAAUAUGAAUAUGGUUAUUUCUCCGGAUCGACAUAAAAAGGCAGAUAAGAUUUCAGACAGUGCUUCUAACUUACAUAAAAAUCAAUAUAAUCUGGAUACUAUUCCUGCUAAUGAGAAAAGUGGAAAUUAUUUUAGAGAUAUAAAACAAUAUGUGUUCACAACACAGAAUCCAAAUGGCUCCGCAUCUGAAAUAUCCGUGAGAGCAACAACUGAUCUGAGAUUCGCUCUAAAAAACUAUAAACUUGGCAAUGCAAGUGCUGAAAAAACUGAAGAAAAAGAGCCCUAUCAUAAAAAUAUUCAAAAAACAACCCCAAAUCUGCCUGAAUUUUGGUCCAUGUUAGCUAAAGUUAUAAAUCAGACAGCACCAGAAGCCGACAAGGAUGAUUUAUACAAACCAAUUCCAGGCUCUGAUAUAAAUGCCACCAACUACGACAAACUGUUAGAGCUACAGGAAAUCAAGCUCAAAUUAAUGUUGGGCAUCGCCUUGAUGACCCUUCUCCUUUUUGUCAUCCUCUUGGCCUUCUGUAGUGCCACACUAUACAAACUGAAGCAGCUGAGUUAUAAAACUUGUGAGAGUCAAUACUCUGUCAACCCUGAGCUGGCCACUCUUUCUUAUUUCCAUCCAUCAGAAGGUGUAUCAGACACAUCUUUUUCUAAGAGUGCAGAGAGCAGUACAUUUUGGGGCACCACUUCUUCAGAUGUGAGAAAAUCAGGCACAAGAAGGUCAAAAUCUAAAAAUUUGACGGACAUGACUUCCACGGGCUCAGAUGAAACGGGCGCGAAUGAGGAGUCAAACUUAGUUAACAGUGAGGAAGGCGAAUAGAUAACUUUAAAUCUUUUGUUGGAAAAAAAAAAAACCACCUUGUUGUCUCAUUCUA